AUGCCACGAGAAUCCCUUCGUAACAAACAGCAGCGUGCUCAAACCGUCUGUCAGGCGCUAGAACAGGCCUACCCGCAUUCUAAGUGUGCCCUUCUUUAUGAGACGCCCUUUCAAUUGCUUGUCGCAACGGUUCUGUCAGCUCAAACAACUGACUUAGCUGUCAAUCGUAUCACGCCCGGUCUUUUUACAGCCUUCCCAACACCACACGCCAUGGCUCAGGCCCCUGAAGGCGAGUUAGAACAGUUAAUUAAUUCGAUUGGUCUUUGGCGUAAUAAAGCAAAAUUUUUACGCGGUUUAAGUGCUAUGUUGGUUCAAGAUUACGAUGGCAAGCUGCCUCAAACAGUUGUUGAGCUUAAACGCCUACCAGGCGUUGCCAAAAAAACUGCAACCGCUGUUUUGGGCUCCGCUUUUGGCCUAGCUGUGGGGAUUACGGUAGAUACUCAUAUGCUCCGUAUUCAUCGCCUACUUAACCUUAGCCAGGCAACAACUGCAGAUAAAAUGUCAACAGAGCUCGAACGUCUGAUUGAUCCAUCUUAUUGGACAAGCUACACCCAUCGUAUUAUUGAUCAUGGUCGUCUGGUCUGCGUUGCUCGUAAACCACGUUGUGGUGUUUGCCCCCUGACAGCAGUCUGCCCUAGUGCCUAUCAAGCAGAUCAUGGGUAUCAACCGAUCAACGAUACUCAAGAACCUGCUAGCGCAAAGGGGUUGAGUUGGUUGGCCUAA